UGCAACACUUCCUGUUCACUUUGGGCUGGGCAGGUGGGUCAGACUUUGGGUGUGAGGCCAUUUCUUCUGCCAUGUGUUGAGGCAAGGCUGAGGUAGGAAGGAGAGGCACCCAUCUUGCUCUGCGGGCUGUUUACCUUUCAGGCUCUGCAUACUCAUGGCCACCCUAGGCAAGACUUCUGAUUGUGCUGCUUCCCUAGGGUGUUUGUCCCAAGCUAUCUUCUGUACCUCUCCUGCAGGGUCUGUGAGGUGUGAAGAGCUGCCCCAAUUAUCUUGUGCCCCAGGGUCUGGCUCAGAGGGUGACAUAGAGGAAGUGCCAAGGAGGUGGCAGCUGGGACGGGAGCUGGCAUUCUGCCACCCCCCCCAACUCUUCUUGGCCCUGGAGCUGUUCCCCAGAUGAGGUCCACAGUUGGAGGCUGAGCUUUUGGGUGUGUACAGACUUUGGCAUAUGUGUAGUGGGGAUGGCAUGUUCCUGUCUCAUAGUGCUCUUGUGAGUUAGGCAGAGGAGUAGAAAGGGAGGCUACCCCUUCCUGCUCUGCCUGUAGUUUACUGGGUGGGCCUGGGGGCUGUAGGAGGGGCUGUCCUGUGUCCUCUUGGCCCCAAGGAAUGGGUAAAGGGCAGCUGGAAAGUGCAGGGAAUGAGCAGGCCCUCCAGUAGGUGAGAGGGUGACAAAGAUAACUGGCCAGGUGGCCAGCUCCCAUUUCCUCUGCCAACCAUCCUUUGUGGCCUGCCUUUGAGCUCACUUGCUGCUGACUGACCGUACUGGUAACCCUGGACCUUGGCCAGCAUUGGCAGAUGGGGGCUUCCUUCCCUGGGCCAGGGCCUCCCCUCUUCCUAUGAGGGGAGAGGCAGCAUGGUGGAGCCAGCAUAGUGGGAAUGCUGCCUGAGAUGGGGCAGGUUGGAAGGCUAAUGGAGUGAUCCGAGAUGUGGGCGUGGGCAGUUGAGGAAGGCCUUGGAAGCCCAACAGAAGAAACCUGAAAAAACUCUUAUGACGUCUGCUGUGCCAUCGUCUGCAAGAUUCUUUGUUCAGCUCAGACAGUGGCUUCAGCAACUACCGUGGCAUCCUGAAUUGGUGUGUGGUGAUGCUGGUCCUGAGCAACGCACGGUUAUUUUUGGAGAACCUCAUCAAGUAUGGCAUCCUGGUGGACCCCAUCCAGGUGGUAUCUCUGUUCCUGAAGGACCCGUACAGCUGGCCUGCCCCAUGCCUGGUUAUUGUGGCCAACAUCUUUGUUGUGGCUGCGUUCCAGAUUGAGAAGCGCCUGGCGGUGGGUGCCCUGACAGAGCAGGUGGGGCUGCUGCUGUACAUGGCCAUCCUGGCCACCCUCCUCUGCUUCCCGGCAGCUGUGGCCUUACUGGUCGAGUCCAUCACUCCAGUGGGCUCCUUGAUGGCUUUGGGAUCGUACUCCAUCCUCUUCCUCAAGCUCUUCUCUUACCGGGAUGUCAACCUGUGGUGCCGCCAACGCAGGGCCAAGGCGAAGGCUGCCCCCAUAGGGAAGAAGAGCAGUGGAGCUGCUGCCCAGCGUACCGUGAGCUACCCAGACAACCUGACCUACCGAGAUCUCUACUACUUCAUUUUUGCUCCGACUUUGUGUUACGAACUCAACUUUCCCCGCUCCCCUCGAAUCCGAAAGCGCUUUCUGCUGCGGCGAGUCCUUGAGCUGUUGUUCUUCACCCAACUCCAGGUGGGGCUGAUCCAGCAGUGGAUGGUCCCCACUAUCCAGAACUCCAUGAAGCCCUUCAAGGAUAUGGACUACUCACGCAUCGCUGAACGCCUCCUGAAGUUGGCGGUCCCCAACCACCUGAUUUGGCUCAUCUUCUUCUACUGGCUCUUCCAUUCCUGCCUGAACGCCGUGGCAGAGCUCAUGCAGUUUGGAGACCGGGAGUUCUACCGGGACUGGUGGAACGCUGAGUCUGUCACUUACUUCUGGCAGAACUGGAACAUCCCUGUGCACAAGUGGUGUAUCAGACACUUCUACAAGCCUAUGAUCCGACGGGGCAGCAGCAGGUGGAUGGCCAGGACAGGGGUGUUCCUAGCUUCAGCCUUCUUCCAUGAGUACCUGGUGAGUGUCCCCCUUCGGAUGUUCCGCCUCUGGGCAUUCACAGCUAUGAUGGCUCAGAUCCCCCUGGCCUGGAUCGUAGGUCGCUUCUUCCAGGGCAACUAUGGCAAUGCGGCUGUCUGGCUGACACUCAUCAUCGGGCAGCCGGUGGCUGUGCUCAUGUACGUCCACGACUACUAUGUACUCAACUACGAGGCUCCAACAGCAGGGACCUGAGCUGCUCCCUAGGGCCUAGUCUCUUUCACUGUCCAUGGCCAGAGCCAGCUCUCCCUCACCUGGGCCUGGAGUGCUGGAGGAGGCCCUGGCUGACUGCACCCUCCUCCUGCCCUGGGAGGCCUGUCUGCCCCUAUGGGGCUCCCUCCUGAUCCUCUUAGGGAUGGUGACACCGGAGCCCACCUGGCAGGAGCCAGUGUUGGGAGUCUGUGCUGACUGGGGCUGAGGGUGUCAAUAAAGUGCUGUCCAGACUGACCUUCCUCAGCCUGGUGGGGGUGUGAGGGCUGGUGGCAGCUGCUCCAGAGGCUAAAGGCCUUGGAUCUCAGGCUUCUGGCCAAGGCUGUGGGGCUGGGGGUAGAAGUGGAUCUGGGUGCCCACGAUCGCAGGUGUGUGGACAAGGUUGCUCAGCUGCAGAGUAGAGCACAGUCAAUAGGGGGCGGCAGCAGCCCACCAUGGAGGUGGCUGCUUAGGAAAGACCAGCUGAAUUCCAACUUCCUAUCCCAGCUCUGUGUAUUUCAUGUGGGCCAGGUCAGCACUCUUUGGAUCCCAGUAGAGGAUAAAAGUCUGGCCAAUCUGGGCCUGGCAAGAGGGUGUCUGUCUAGGGCUUCCUGAGCGUGGACCUCACCUGAGGGCAGGCUGGAGGCCAAUGCCCAGGGCCCUUCUGACAGCUCAGGCCUGAGGAACCCGUGGAGAUUACAUGCGGUGUCCACAGGGAGCUCACCUGGGGUAGGCUCAGCAGGGUCUAGAUCUGCCUGCUUAUCCUCACUGCCUCCACUGGGAACCUGGGUUCACAUCCCCAGAGGUAGGGCCACUAAAGGGUACACACUGUCCAUGAGAGUACCCCACCCUUGUGCAUCAGCUGUCUGGGCCUAGGCUGCCCCUUAACUUGGCCCUAAGGGCCUCUGAACACUUGAUUCACCUGGGCUCCCUGGGACAGUGCUGAUCAGCAAGGUAGGCCAGUGACUAGGCAGCCUGCACAGGAGCCAGGUCUGUGUCGUGUCCCCUCUUCCUCACAUGUGCUUCUCAUGGCAAUAGGUGGCAGCUCUGUAAUCUUCAGAGGGGUGUCUUGUCCCUAGGCCCUCUUACCUGCCAGGUUUUGCAGAGGCCACCUUGAUGGCAGCUCAGGGACUCUCCCUACCUUAUUUUGGUGCUCAACUGCCAACCUGUUUGAACACAGCCCUAACCUACAGCUGUGGCCCAGCAAGGCAGGCAUCUGAGGUGUUGGGAACUUUGCAGGGUGGGUAGUGGCCCCAUAGCUGUGCUGCCUCACUAGCAGACUACCUGGCCAGUGUAUGGCCCUCACCUCUUCUGGCCAUGGCAGCAUCGGGAGAGGGCAGGCCUGUGUUGCCUGAUGCUCCACCUGGUGUAUACAGUAGCUCCCUGACCUCUGUACCAUGGUGGCCAUGACCCUGGCUUGCUGAGAGCAGUGAGGAGGGAGUGAACUCACUGGAAACAAGGUGUCCAGGAAUUGUCUGGCCUGACUCUCCAACACUGUGUGGGUGCCUGUGCCUGUGCCUCCUUCCACCCCUCAGCCAGCAAAGUGUGACCCAGGAGAUGGGGCCCACCCUGGGCCACCUUCCCUUUCUUCUGUCAGACCCCAUGGAAACGUCUGCAACAGCGUAAGCAGGCCCAGAACCAGUUCAGUAUCUCAGGGAUACGGGCUGGCUCUACUGAGUGAUGUCCACCAUGUCUACCUGUGCCCCCAUCCCUGAAUGGACAUCUUGGGAGGGGGUCCUGCUGAUAAGCAGGGGCACUCCAGGGUUGGGUACUCUUUCCUAGCCC